UCAAUACACACUUAUCCCUCAUUCUACUCGAUUCUAAGAUUUCAUUAUUAUUUACCUUCGUCAAAAUGGGGAAAAUAUGAUAUUGCUACGCGUUCAAGUCGACCUUUAAUAAUCACUGAUGCGUAUUUUGCUGAUGCUAGUCGUUCUGAUCGGCCAAAGAAGCAGACACCUGAGGUUAUAGAUUCAGCGCUAGCUAAGGUGCGACUUGAUCGAUACGGACGGGAGAAGACUUGUGCUGAUAUUGCUGGUGAGCUAUGGAAAGCAGGCUUACAAAAGACGAAACCUACACGAAAACCUGGUUUGACGGCCAAGAUGCGUGCUAAUCAAUUAGCCUGGUGUCUUGAGCAUCGAGAUUGGACACUUGAAGACUAG